ACGAUUAACAGGUUUGAGGGCUUUAAACCCCUCCAAUACCCACAAGGAAAACCUCCCCUCCUUCAAAACCUUCUUCUCUGACAAUUAAUUUAACCCUACUUUACCUACCAUCAAAACCCCCCAAGAGAAAAGAAAAAAACAAGUUCCAGCCAAACAAUCCGUUAGUAUACAAUGGGUGUUCUUCUCGGCAUUAUAAGCUAUUAAACUUCAUCAGUCAAUUUGAUGCUCUGUCUGUGUUUAUGGUUUCUUCUCCGUGCAUUCUCCCUUGGAUGGCUUUUCAAUGAAUGGUGCUGGAUUAGUUGCAAAUAAGCUCAAAGUUCACCAAGUUCAAUGGAGACUGAUUUUUCUGACGAGCAGCAAGUGCCAUCUGCUCUGUUAACUGCCCUUUCGUUUGGUAUUUCGACUGAGGCAGAAAAGGAAAAACUUUCAGUUCUAGCAAUUGAUGCAGUUGGUGAGGUCACUGAUCCCAAGUUGGGAUUGCCAAAUCCAUCUUUUCGAUGCUCCACUUGCGGAUCCAAAGAUUCAAAAUUUUGUGAAGGUCAUUUUGGGGUUAUUAAAUUUCCAUUCACGAUAGUUCAUCCUUAUUACCUGUCCGAAGUUGUAAAGAUUUUGAACAAAGUUUGCCCAGGAUGUAAAUCCAUCCGGAAAGAGUCCAAGCGGACUGAUUCAAAAUCUAAAGAAAAUCUGCAUAAGGGUUGCAAAUAUUGCGUUGGAAAUACAAUAGGUGGGUAUCCUACUAUGAAGUUUUCUGUUUCUUCUGAAGAAAUCUUCAGGAAAAAUGUAAUCAUAGCAAAAAUCAGUGAAAGGCCACCGCAAAACUCUCACAAGAGAGGUCGAAAGAAAAGGUUGGCUGCUGAUUAUUGGGAUAUAAUUCCAAAGGACGAACAACAAGAAGAAAACACUUUGAGACCAAACCAAAGAGUUCUGACGCAUGCACAGGUUCGUCAUCUGUUGAAGGAUGUGGAUCCAAAUUUCAUAAAAAAGUUUGUUUUAAAGACAGAUUCAAUUUUCCUUAACUGUUUCCCAGUAACACCAAAUUGUCAUCGUGUGACAGAAGUUACUCAUGCAUUUUCUAAUGGCCAGCGCUUGGUCUUUGAUGAACGGACUAGGGCUUACAAAAAAUUGGUUGAUUUCAGAGGGACAGCAAAAGAACUGAGUUUUCGUGUUCUGGACUGCCUGAAAACUUCUAAGCUAAACCCAGACAAUUCAGUAAAUAAUGAUGAUAUGUAUGCGCUGCAAAGGAAGAUCAAUGAUUCUGCCUCCAAUUCAUCUGGUUUAAGAUGGGUUAAAGACGUUGUUCUUGGAAAACGAAAUGAUAAUUCAUUCCGUAUGGUGGUUGUUGGUGAUCCUAAUAUUAAGCUCAGUGAAAUUGGUAUUCCCUGUCACAUUGCAGAAAGGUUGCAAGUUUCAGAACAUCUGACAAAAUGGAACCGGGAGAGGUUGACUACUUGUUGCGAAGUACGUCUUCUUGAGAAGGGUGAGAUGCAUGUCCGCAGAGAAGGAAAUCUGGUUCGGGUUCGUCGUACUAAGGAUCUCCGCAUUGGGGACAUCAUUUAUAGGCCUCUAAAUGAUGGAGAUACUGUUUUGAUUAAUAGGCCUCCUUCUAUACAUCAACACUCCCUCAUUGCACUCUCUGUUAAAGUUCUCCCGGCGGCCGCAGCUCUUGCUAUCAAUCCACUUUGUUGUCCCCCAUUUCGUGGAGAUUUUGAUGGUGAUUGCCUACAUGGUUAUGUUCCUCAAUCGGUUGACACGAGAGCUGAGCUCUGUGAGCUUGUUGCGUUAGAUAAGCAAUUAACUAACGUACAGAGUGGCAGGAAUCUUCUUUCUCUCAAUCAAGAUAGUUUAGUUGCUGCUCACUUGGUCAUGGAGGAUGGAGUAUUCUUAAGCCUGUUCGAAAUGCAGCAACUGCAAAUGUUUUGUCCUCGGCAAUUGCUGUCUCCUGCUAUUGUGAAAGCUCCAUUGCCUAAUGACUGUGCUUGGACUGGAAAGCAAUUGGUUAGCAUGCUCCUACCUCGAGGUUUUGAUCAUGAUUUUCCUUCAAAUAAUGUUUACAUUCGAGAUGGAGAACUUAUUUCUUCUGAAGGUUCUUUUUGGCUACGUGACACUGAUGGAAACCUCUUUCAAAGCCUCAUAAAACACUGCCAGAGUCAAGUUCUUGACUUUUUGUGUACUGCUCAAGAAGUUCUUUGUGAGUGGUUGUCAAUGAGGGGCUUGAGUGUUUCGCUCUCUGAUUUAUACCUCUGCCCUGACUCAUAUGCAUGGAAAAACAUGAUGUGUGAAGUUUCAUAUGGACUACAAGAUGCAGAUCAUACAUGUAACAUAAAACAGUUCAUGGUGGAUUCUUGCCGAGAUUUCCUUGCUGGAAAUGGUGAAGAUGAUGAGCAUCCCAUGGGUUUGGAUGUAGAGCACUUGUGUUAUGAGAAACAGAGAUCUGCUGCACUCAGUCAAGCUUCUGUUGAUGCUUUCAAGCACGUAUUUCGUGAUAUUCAAAUUUUAGCCUACAAAUAUGCUAGUAAGGACAAUGCAUUGAUGACCAUGUUUAAGGCAGGAAGUAAGGGUAAUCUGCUGAAAUUAGUGCAGCAUAGCAUGUGUCUAGGGCUGCAACAUUCACUUGUUCCAUUAUCCUUUAGAAUGCCUCACCAACUCUCUUGUGAUGCUUGGAACAAGCAAAAGGAUGACAAUGCUACUGAAUGUGCCAAGUGUUAUAUCCCAUCUGCCGUGGUUAAAAGUUCUUUUCUAACAGGUUUGAAUCCCUUAGAAUGUUUUGUCCAUUCAGUAACAAGUCGAGAUAGCUCUUUCAGUGACAAUGCUGAUCUUCCUGGGACUUUAACUCGGAGACUUAUGUUCUUCAUGCGUGAUAUACAUGCUGCAUAUGAUGGAACGAUAAGAAAUGCAUAUGGGAAUCAGCUUGUUCAGUUCUCUUAUUAUAAUCGUGAGGAAACAUCUUGUCCGACUAAUUGCAGUGGCCAGAUCAUUGAUACUUUUGAUGGGAUAGGUGGCCGACCUGUGGGUUCAUUAGCUGCUUGUGCCAUCUCUGAAGCAGCGUAUAGUGCUUUGGAUCAACCAAUCAGUCUACUUGAAAAAUCACCUCUGCUAAAUCUAAAGAAUGUACUAGAGUGUGGUCUGAAAAAGAGUAAUGCUCACAAAUCUGUGACUCUAUUUUUAUCUGACAAACUUGGAAGACGGAGACAUGGUUUUGAGUAUGGUGCCUUAGAAGUUCAAAACCACUUGGAGAGACUACUGUUUUCAGAUAUUGUUUCUAUUUCAAGGAUAAUUCAUUCUCCACAGUCUGACAGCAAAACGCGUUUCAGUCCUUGGGUUUGCCAUUUCCAUGUGGACAAGGAAAUUAUGAAGAAGAGAAGUCUAAGUAUUCAUUCCAUAAUUGAUGCUCUGUAUAAGCAGUGUAAAUCACAAACAAUUCUGCCCAAUGUGCAAAUUACAUGCAAGGACUGUUCUGUAGCCGACAAUCACAGGGAAAUAGAAGAUACACUAUGUAUUACUGUUACUGUAAUUGAGAAGGCCAAGAACUCAUCUAUAAAAUUGGACACAAUUCGAGACCUGAUUAUUCCUUUUCUUCUUGAAACAGUUUUAAAAGGAUUAAUGGAGAUAGAGAAGGUGGAUAUUCUAUGGAAUGAAAGACCAAGGAUACAGAAGUCGCAUAAUCGUUCCUAUGGUGAGCUCUACUUAAGGGUUUCAAUGUCAGGAAGAUCUGACAAAACAAGACUCUGGAACUUACUUGUGGAUCACUGUCUCCCAAUAAUGGAUAUGAUUGAUUGGACACGCAGUCAUUCAGAUAAUAUACGCGAUUUUUGUUUGGCCUAUGGAAUAGAUGCUGGAUGGGAAUUUUUCCUUAAUAAUUUGAAGUCUGCAAUAUCUGAUGUUGGCAAGAGCGUACUUCCCGAACAUUUGAUUCUUGUUGCAAAUUGCCUAUCAGUUACAGGCGAGUUUGUUGGUCUAAAUGCAAAAGGCUGGAAACGGCAAAGAGAACAUGCAUCAGUCCUUUCACCAUUUGUGCAAGCAUGCUUUUCUAGUCCUGGUAGUUGCUUCAUCAAAGCUGCCAAGGGAGGAGUCAUGGAUGAUCUUCGAGGGAGCUUGGAUGCUUUGGCAUGGGGGAAGACUCCUCCUGUUGGGACUGGACAGUUUGAUAUUAUCUACUCUGGGAAGGGUUUUGAACUUUCAAAGCCAGUAGAUGUCUACGACCUGCUGGGUAGCCAAAUGAGUGCUGAGAAGCAGAAUUAUGAGUUCGAAGUACCUUUUACUCGGGGCUGCAAAUCUGACAAAUAUGGUCCCCAGUUUGUGUACAAUACUGAUGAUUAUGUCCCAAAAGGAACAUUGGAAAGGUUAAGAAGGUUGUUGACAUAUAAUGAUAUCCAUAGACUCUCCCAGGCUCUCAGCAAAAUAUUGAAUAAGUACCCGGUAGAUCAACAAUUAAAUGAAGCUGACAAAUGUACCUUGAUGAGUGCUUUAUAUUUUCAUCCUCGGAGAGAUGAGAAAAUUGGAUCUGGAGCACAAGAUAUCAAGGUUGUAAAUCAUCCAGAAUAUCAAGGUUCACGCUGCUUUUCAGUGGUUAGAACAGAUGGGACAAUUGAGGACUUCUCAUAUCGCAAAUGUGUCCAUGGUGCUCUUGAGAUCAUUGCCCCUCAAAAGGCUAGAAGGUACCGCGAAAAACAUCUGCAAAGCCGCAAUCCAUAAUGUAUAUGAUAAGAUCAGCUGUGUGAAAUGGCUGCAAUUUGGACUGAAUAAAUAACAUGUACGAUUGCAAAAAGAAAGCGCUCAUGCUGACUUCAUAAUGGAUAACUAAAACCAAUAAUCUGGAGGAGUUAAGCUACUAACAUCGGCUGCUGCACAUCAACUGAAUAUAGUUUUUGAAGCUUUUAUACCCCUUUUGAAAGCUGUACAUUUUCUGUAGAAGUAGAUUGUGCAUGAGAAGAAAGUAAGAUAAACAGCAAGUUAUCAUCCUUUUGUUUUCAGUAAGUGACUUUAUUAUUGUUUCUUCCCUGAGAAGUAGGGAAGUCCUCUUCCCAAGCUUCUUUUUGCUCCUUUCACUAUAACUUGUUUGCCUUCCAUUAUAUAAUGGCAGAAAAGGUCUAGUGAAAGCAGCAAAGAGAAGCUUGCGCGAAGCAUUCAUUUUCCUGAUGUAUUCAUAAAUACAUUUAUCAAUGGAAAAAAAAAAAAGAAAGAAAAAAGAAAAGAUUUUCCUGCCUUUUUUUUUAUAAAAA